AUGCCGUUCGACGCAUCCCAGGUUCAUCGGCGACAUUGGGCGAAUCGACACUCUGUGUCUCGGACGCCCCUGCCGGUGGCGCUGCAACGAACGCCGAUCACUUCGGCUGCUGCGAAGCAGAAGUGGGUCGUUGGCAUCCUCCUAGGGGCGGCUGUGCCAAAGCGCCGAAGGUCAGCCCUAAAUCGUGGUUUGCGCAUUACCUGGCCCAGCGCAGGAGGCAAAGAUGAGCUGAUCACUGGUCAGGAGCUGAGUAGCUUGGAUUGGAUCCGAAGAAUGAGAACUUGGUGGGAGGGCUUCUCCGCCCGAUGGACGUCCGAGGAGGUGGUGUCCUUGAAUGAGGAGGACGUGGCCCUUCUCAACGAGCAGAUGGAGAUACUACACACGUCCUCCGAGGUGGCCGAAGCCCGGGCUUUGAAGGCUGAAGAGCGGCUGGAUCAAACUGAAGCCCAGUUGAGGUUGGAGCUCCAGGUGGGACCUUGCUGCGUGCGGUCGUGCCCGUCAUACCGCGAGCUCGGACGGCGCCGCGUGCUCAGUGAGGAGGGGAUCUCUCAGGCUGUAGAUUUGGUUCAGAAGAUUGGUAGCUGUGUGGCUUGCUCGUACUCCUCCCAGCGGGGCGCCCGCGGGGAAGAGUUCGCGCAGCCCUUCAUCGACCGGCGCGUGUCCGAGCGCUUCCGCGAGCUGCUGCUGACGGGCAAUGUUCGCCUCCAGGCACAGGUCCUGCAGACGAUUCACAUCCUCCUGCAGUCGACGCCGAAGGAGUCAAUACUUUUCUGCAAUCUCACAGCUGGCUGGUAUUUGAACCACGUUGUGACGGCCGACUACGAUUUCAGCAAGAACGAAGACUUACUCCACCUCUGGAUGACAGUAGUCAAAGACAUCGCUCUCAUGAUGGAUGGGGAGAAUAUGAUGCUCUUCUUCGAUCCCACCUCCAACUGGCCCUUCCCCAUCUUCUCCCAGAGCGCGCGCUUUUACCACCAUCCGGUGGCGCAGGUGCGAACGCAAGUUCAAGCCACCUCCUUAGAGAUCUUUACAAAGUUGAAGAGUGCAGACUCCUGGAGCGAUUCCUUGUUUGGUCUGGUGGUGGCGGAUUCCAAGAUCCUCUUCACACAUGUGUGCUGCUUGCUUCGGCACUACUGGCGCAGAGCAGAGGAGGCGAACGGGACCGAUCGAAAGAAGGAGAAGGAGCUGAUGCGCCUGCAGAACGACAUCCUCAUGUACGUGUCCGAUGUCUUUACUUGCGAAGUGCGCGAGCUGUCGGCCGUUCUACAGGAGCGGCUGCUGCGCUUUGCUUUGUUGCCGGUGCUCUUGGGCUCUGUUUUGAAGCUGCAGCAGGUCGAAAAGGCCCGGCUCUCGCAGGAGAUUAGCUGGCCCAUUUUCUUGGACCUCUUACAGACGCUCAGGAGCUCUCAGCAGAUGCAGUCGAUUCUGGCGACGAUUCUCUUUCGGCCGUAUGUGACCGAGGAUGUGUGGCAGCUGGUGACCGCGCCGGCGCCGCGCACGCCGCUGGGGUACUUUGAGCUCCAGAAGAACUGGGGCGGACACGGACAGGCGGGGAUCUUGGAUAGCUAUGAUGCUCAACAUCAAGAUGGCUUUCUUUACGAGUCGAUGCCGAUCAAACUGGUCUCGGAGCCCCGCUCGGCCAGCAAUCGGCUCCUGGAGGCCUUCCUGGAACGACUCCGUGAGAUGGUGGAGAGAGGACGGAAGGAUGCCGCUGUGGCAUUGAGGUGCUUGAAGUACCUUUUGGAGGCGUCUCCCGAGCCCCUGGAUCGCUCCGUAGCCGAUGCCUUGGGUGGCACCUUAGGCCGUUGCCUUGCCAGGCAAGGAGAGAUGAGCUGGCCUUUAUGCAAUGCAGCCUUGGUGGUGCUGAAAGAUUUGUUGGAGACGAAAGGAUCUGCUGCAGCAGUCCCUUCUUUGAGGGAGCGGCUGCUCAAGCCUUUGGCCACCGAGUUGCUUCACGAAGCGGCCUUGCAAAGUCAACAAGGCCUCCCGCAGCAAGAGGCGUGGCUUCAGGACUUCCAGCAGCAAUGGAUGGCUUCUGGGCAACCGCAAGGUCCUGAGCCGGAACCGCAUGGCCGUGCGCGCUCCUUUCGAGUGCUUCUGUCCGUGCUGAGACAACUGAAAGGAAAGAGCGACAUGCCGGGCAAGGAUGAGGCGGAGACCGAUGAGGGCGUCCGAUACGUGCCCGGCGGCAUCAUCUACCUGGGCAAGAUGAGCCGGGUGAAGUGUCACGUGUCCAGGCCCAGCGCAUCGCCCAUCGAUCCUGAGGAGAGCCUCUACCUGAUCCCAACGAUGUUCACACUGCUCCUCGUGCGCCCAGACUCGAGCAAGGUCUUCUACGGCGAGGUGGUGAUUUCGGAGCCCUUGCGGCUGGUGAAGCUGAAGGAAGGUGACGAGAAUUGCCCUGGACAUGCGCUGCGCAUCGAGGUGCUGGCGCCCAGAUCACCGCUGAUGAACCAUGCGUCAGGUGAUCCUCGUGGAUACCCAGACACCUCAAGGACUUUCUCAGGCCAGGACUUUGAGGCUGUGCGGCACGGCCCGUCCGUGCGCAAGGAGGGGCCGGUGGAGCUGGUGCUCACGUUUGCCGACGAGACGCGCCGGAGAGUGGCUUCGAAGGUCAUCACACAGGCACAAUACAAUGUCUGCCAGCGCUUCUUCGAUGGCGUCCUCAAGUUCUUAACUUCCGUGAAGAAUGGAACCGUCAUUCCCAGCUUCGUCCGCUUCACACAGGAGGAGGUGGAUGCGUCACAUGCGUCCGAGAAGAAGCUGAAGGCCGAGCAAAAGGAAUGGCGUGCUCGAACGAAGGAGCUGAAUGAUCUUCUACUCCGAAUGCAAGAGGUCGCUGGGGAAGCUGCCACAGAGGAGGAGGCUCCUCAGGCUCCGACGGUCUUCGAAACGUUUAUGGAUGCGCAGGUCUUGGAGUCGGGGCUCAUUCCGGUCAGCAGCAUGACCUUGGAGGAGUUGCAGGAAGAAUGCGUGGUGCGUGGCCUGUCCACCAAGGGCGGCCUCGCCGCCGUGCGGGGACGCGUGCGCGUGGCGCGCGCCAAAGAGGACCAGCAGAAAGCAUUGCUGCCGGCUCAACGUGUCUGCUGCGCUAAGCCGCAGCGUGUGCAGCUGGUGCUGCGCAUGGCGACGCCACCGGCAGCUAUGUCGAUACCCUAUCCUUUGGAGACGGUGUCCAGUUUGGAGGUCAGUGAGCAGGAGGACCACAGCCUCGUCUUACAGGCGCGACGGAAGAACCCGCGCGACGGGGCACCGGGUCGAGGCUUCACCUCGGAAGGUCUUCCGCUGGACGUGGGUGGGACGUUCGAGAUCUUCGCCUCGCUGGCCGUGGCCCUCUUCUUGCCGGGGGUCUUGUGGACCAAUGCAUCCGCGACGACCGCUUGCGGCGUGGCAGAGUUCAAUCUCCCACUAAUUCGCAACCGACUUCCAUCUCUGGUGAUGUUGUUGGAAGCGGAAGAGGAGGAUGCGGAGUACAUGGACUUGGCGAUGUUUUUGCAUAUGAGUGAAUGCGGGUUCUUCAUGUGGAACACCUGCGUUACACUGGUCUUGGUGCAAAAGUUGCAGGGCUUUCAGGUGUCUGUUUCUUUCCGGGUUUCUCUACUUCACCACGGCAGUGGCCGGCAGCAUCGGAUUUCAGCUCGGUGCCUUCUCCGGCACCUGGGCCUAGCAGAGCGCUGUGCUGCGCUCUGCUCGGUGAGGGAUCGAAAGGCGGGGUUAGCUCCGCCGCCGGAGCUCCAGGGCCAGGCGUUUUCAUUUGAAGCAGUGGCCGCUUCCUUGAAGUCCUGUGGCCGAACAUCAGCUUGGAACAAACCCACAGCUGUGCUAGGCUUGAAAGCGAAGGGGAGCAAGGAUGUGAUUUUGCUGGGAAAGGCGAGUUCAGAUGUGCUCCAGCCCAGCAUCGCCUAUUCGCCGCAUGGAGCGACCUUGUGCAUCAUUUUCUCCUUAAGUUUUCUCUCUGCAGCCGACUACUUUUCGAGAAAGGUGCCUGGCUUGCAGUUUCACGCCCUCACGCGGCGAGCCGCUGCGGCGUUCAGCGGCUGCCCCAUGGCGGCGCCGCCGACAGCUAUGGCAAUACCCUACCCUUUGGAAACGGUGCCUAGCUUGGAGGUCAGCGAGGUGGAGGAUUCCAGCAUCGUCUUGCAGGCCAUCAAGGGACUCCAUGAUUCCCUCACCGCCCAACUCGACCAGUUGGAUGCGAAAGUGCAGCGUUUGGCCGACGAGCGACCCGCGCAUUUUCUUCGGCGACGAUCUUCCACUCCAGCUCUACUGAAGUCGAAAUCGCAGGCGCAGGCUGCGAGAGGAAAGGAUGGCUUGGCGAUGCAAGUGUCGCAGAUGGACAUCUCGCACUCGGGUGCGCCCGUGUCAUCUCGCAGCUUGAAGUCUUCGAUGUCCUUGCGUGGAAGACUUGAGACCCAUCACACGACUCGACCGGCGACUUCAGAGGGACCGAUCGCAGAAAAGGUCAAUGUAGAACAUGCCCUUGGCAUUGUGCCACACGCAACGCCGCUCGGUGCUGCUGAGCUCCCUGGUGCUGCGGAGGAUGCUGCGCAGCUUGAUGCUGCCGAUGGGACGGGCACGAACCGAGAGGUGCUGGACACACUGACGGACAGCGUGGCCGUGGCAGGGCAUGAGUUCACGGGCGCAGUGCAGCAAGACUCCACGGAUGUGAAGGAAUCGACCACUUUCUCCAAGGACGAGGAGACGAUACCACAACAGGAGCCCAGCCGCACGCACCACGCCGCGCGUGCCCAGAAUUCCUCUGGGAACCUGGGUGCUCCACCGAAGAAAUCCCGCGCUUGCUCGGUGAAUAGUGUUGGCAGCCUCAGAGCCAGUAGGGGCUCCAGCGAGAGACUUGAGAAGGCUGUGAACAAUGGAAAUUUGUCCGAAGUCUUCAAGGUGCGAGAGGCAGAACUCACUGCGACUUUAUCCAAUCGCCGCUCUGAUACACAAUCGCCGGUGGAAGAAAGGUCCAAAGGCAGGACGGCCUCCAAGAGUGCCAAUACCCUCCAAGAGAUAACGAAUGAGGAUGCCGCUUCAGUCGAGGAGGAGGAGGUCUAUGAUUCAGACUCUUGGAGCUCGUGGUGGCUGAAUCUUCAUCGGCUUAACAUUUUUGUGGCCUGCUACGCAUCAAAGGCACUGGGACUUAUUCCCUUAUUCGAGAUUGGCUUUGAGAUGGACUGGAAAAGCCAGUGUCGCAGGUUAGUCUCACGUCUCUAUCACUGGCUGCUGAUCUUGUUCUUGCUUUGUGCUGUGAUCUACUCUGUGAUGCGCUUUGGCCAUUGCCGCAUGAGAGAGGUUGUCUUGGAUGGCGAGUUACAUGCAGAGGCCCACUGGCCGGCGCUGGCUGUGGACAUUUUCCUGUUCCUGGGAGCUUCCAUGGUCCUGAGCAGCUGGGGCGGUUUCAAGAGCUAUCAGGCCACGACAGAGCUGUUGGAGACCAGCUUGGGAGAGUUGACCUCCUAUUGUCAACAGCAUGGCUUGGCCACCGCCUGGAGAAUUUGGAGCUGCUCCGAUGCUGUUUGGGGGUUGCUACUCUGGUUUGCGCUCUUGCUUGGCCGCUUCGCGGUGUUCACUUGGAAUGUGUGGCACGUGGGCGGAUGUUGGUGGGGCAGCUUGCCCUUUGUUGCUGCGUAUUCCCUGGGCACCGGGGUUUUGGUGGUCGCGAGCUUCUGGCAGGUGCGCACGUCGCACGCGAUGCUCUUGAUCGUGAACUCAUGGAGUGCGUCGGUGCUGCGCCGGGACUUCAGCUGCAUCCGAUCCAAACAUGAAUGGAAACGCAUCAGCGGACUCUUCCGGAAGACCUCGCGGGCGUUCGAGCGGUGCUUCUCAGCCUUGGGGAUCACCAUCGUGAUGCUCAUCCUCUCAGCGCUCAUCGACCUCAGCCACAGGUGGGACGAGGAGAUUUUUGCCACCUUGGCCGUGGCCCUCUUCCUGCCGGGUGUCCUGUGGACCAAUGCAUCCACGACCACAGCUUGCAACCGACUGCCAUCUCUGGUGAUGUUGCUGGAAGCGGAUGAUGAAGAGGAGGAUGCGGAGUACAUGGACUUGGCCAUGUUUUUGCAUAUGAGCGAAUGUGGCUUCUUCAUGUGGGACACCUGUGUGACGCUGGGCUUUGUGCAAAAGUUUCUCUAUUUUACCACGGCCGUGGCCGCGAACAUCGGAUUUCAGCUCGGCGCCUUUUCGCGAGGAUGGGCAUGA